AUGGCAGAAUCCAACAGCGCCGAAGUCCUGACCACGACUUCCCAUGUGGACGUGGAAAAGGUUGAUGCUGCAAAUAUCGAUGUUGAGAGAAAUGGAUCCGCGAGUGCAAAUGGCAAUGAAAAUGGAAACGAAAAAAGCGAAGACGUCUUCGAGCCCAGCGCAGAGGACUCCCACCCUGGCGCCAAGGCUGGCCUCACCUUGAAACAAUUCUGGAUUGUCAUGUUUGGUCUCAAUUGUGGCAUGUUCCUCACCGCACUCGACUUCAACAUCGUCUCGCCCGCGGUCAACGUCAUCUCCUCCCAGUUCGGCGCCUACGACAGAUCUGCCUGGCUGGGAACCGGAUACCUGAUCUCAUUUGCCCUGGUUAUGCCAUUCUAUGGCAAGCUGGGUGAGACGUUUAGCCGCCGUUCGCUGUUCAUCUUCUCCACUCUCCUCUUCAUCCUGGGCAGCGGCCUGUGCGGUGGUUCCCAUAGCAUGAACAUGCUGAUUGCGUCGCGUGUAGUCCAGGGUCUUGGUGGCGGCGGUGUAUACAGCCUUGUCAACGUGAUCGUAACCGAUCUCGUGCCUCUGAAAGAUGUCGGGAAGUAUCUUUCCUUCACAGGUCUUGUCUGGGCCAUCGCUGACGUGGCUGGCCCUCUUGUGGGCGGUGCAUUUGCCCAAUACGCCUCGUGGCGCUGGUGCUUCUAUAUCAACCUUUGUAUCUCACCGAUCAGUCUUAUCAUCACCCUCCUUGUGCUCAGGGUGCCGGCCCCGACGGUGGGCCUUGUCACUGCCGUGCGAAAUUUCGAUUAUAUUGGAGCACUGGCCAUGACUGGCGGCACCACCAUGGUUCUCCUGGGUAUUUCAUGGGGUGGCGUUACUUUCCCUUGGAAUAGCGGCCAAGUCAUCGGCACCAUCGUCGGCGGUGGUGUGCUCGUGAUCAUAUUUGCGAUUAUUGAGCACUUUGUGCGUGAGCCUCUGAUACCCCCUGUCUUCCUGCGCAACAGGGCUGUCAUGGCAAUUCUCGUUGCGGAGUUCUUCUAUGGUGCCGUGCUCUUGGGCAUGAUGUACUACGUCCCUCAAUUCUUCCAGCUGGUCUUUGGAGACACAGCCACCCUAUCCGGUGUGAGUCUGCUACCGUUAAUGCUGGGCCUGGCAGUCGGAAACCCAGUGGCCGGCUGGAUCACAAGCAAAUACGGUAUCAGUCUCGCCAACGCCUGGGUCGGAGCCGCCCUCGAGGUGCUAGUUACAGGUCUGAUGACGCGAUGGAACGCCCACACCAGCCGUGCAGAGGCAGUCGUUGAAUUAGUCAUCUGCGGUAUUGGCCAGGGAGCUGCCAUGGAAGGUCUGCUGGUUUCAGUGCAGGCAUCGGUGACCCCGAUGUUAAUUGGUGUUGUGACCAGUCUGGCUAUCUUCGUGCAAACUGUCGGGGACAUCUUUGGCAUCGCCUUCUUUGCUACCGUCUACCAGAACGAACUGCGAAGCAAACUGGUCAGUUUAGGCCUAACUUCGUCGCAAAUCGCUUCCGUUUCGGCCGAUGCCGAGUCCAUUCGCUCCUCGUUUUCGGGUACUCAGCUCGAAGAUAUCAUUUCCGUGUACGCGGAGAGCAUGCAGAAUGGCUGGUGGUUGAUGUUUGCUUGUGCGGCGGUGCUAUUGAUUAGCUCAGGUUUUUCAAGGCAGCAUUCUUUUGCAAAGUGA